UCGCCCCCCCUGCUGAGUGGUGACGUCACCCGCCCACUGCAUCCUCCAGGCUGCGGUCUGGAAACAGCUCUGAGCGCGUCGAGUCCCGCAACAAACUCACGAGCAAAGCGCCACACGCGUUGCUGUCGUCGUCGUCGUUAGCAGCAGCAGCUUGGGCUCACUUCGGGAAACCCGUCCAGGGCGUGUGCGCAUGCGCGGUGGGGCCCCUCCCUCUUCCCCCUGCGCGCCCGUGGAGUCGCGAUGCCUCUCGCAAAGGACUUGCUUCACCCUUCCCUCGAAGCGGAGAGGAGGUGUCACAAGAAGAAGCGACUUGUGCAGAGCCCCAACUCUUACUUUAUGGAUGUGAAAUGCCCGGGCUGCUACAAGAUCACAACGGUGUUCAGCCAUGCACAGACCGUGGUUCUGUGCGUCGGCUGCUCCACCGUACUCUGCCAGCCCACAGGCGGCAAGGCCCGUCUGACAGAGGGCUGCUCAUUCCGUAGGAAGCAGCAUUAAAUGUGGAGGCGCACAACCAUGCGAGGCCUGGCCGAGACGUGGGUGGUGGGCCUGGUGUGGCAAUGCUUCCUCAGACCACUGCGGAAGGAUUGAUGCUCGGCCUGCAACAAGGGGACCCAGAAAGUGUCAGCAUUGGCACUUUGUACCCACACAGCCUCAAUAAAGUCUUUGAUAGUGGA